UGGUGGUGGUGGAGCAGGGAGUUGGCAGGACAGACAGGUUUACCUCAGAACUGGACUAUCUCUCUCACACACUCACACACACACCUGCACACACACCUCUACGCACACCUGCACACACACUCCGAGCUCUCCGGUUCCUGCACAGCGCGCGCUGCUCUCGGCAUUCUUCAUGAGGAACGACUCGGUGUACUCCAGCAUGACGCUCGAGCCCCUGCGGUCCGCGCUCUCUAUCGGGGAGGUCGGGGAAACGUCGCUCGCGCUGCCGUCAGACCGCAGCGCGCGCUCGGCCCAGCAGCGCGUGCUGGAGCAGGUCUCCACCAUGAAGCGCAGCAAGAGCAAAUACAGCAGCGGCGGAGGAGCAGGAGGAGGAAAAGCAGGAGGAACCGGGAACCUCUCCCCCACCAGUCCUCAGAGUGACAGCGUGUUUUACGAGUACAAGCUCACACCCAGCGCCCUCAACGGCUUCAUCAACGAAAACAGCAUGAGCAACGGACACGCUAAAGCGGCUAAACAAGGUCAGAGCUUCGUACAGAGGACCAUCAGCACCAGAACUUCAAGUUCUCAGAAGAACCUGAGCAACUCCAUGUUUCCCAGCAGCCCCACAGCUAUGAGUCAUUCCCGAGGAGGACAGGAAGGCUUCACAGCUUUCCGCAGCCUGGAAAUGAGCUCCCCUCCUGCUGUCAGUGGUGGAAAUGCCCGGUGGAGCCAGACCUUCAGACAGACAAACAGACAAACAUUGGAGAGGAAGCACAGCCAGGGCGCCCUUAACAGCAAUAGUCAGAUCAUUGGGAAUGGUUUUGGGAAUGGCAUUGGGAGUGUUCAGAUGACUGGGAAUGGCUUUGGGAGUGGUCAGGUCAUUGGAAGUAGUCAGAUGGUUGGGAAUGGUCAGGUCGUUGGGAACGGUCAGAUGUUUGGGAACGGUCAGGUCAUUGGGAAUGGCACCAUUCAUAGAAACAGCAGUGGUAGUAACCACCAGAUCACCACCAGCCAGAUCAUCAGCAGACGGCCACCGUCCACACACUCCAACCCAGAAGGAGUGAAGGCGUCAGUCGCUAGCAGAAGCAAGAGUGAGAUUGGGGUAAAUGGCGAGGCACGCUCGACUGAUCUCACAGUAUCAGAAGCAGUGGACUGUCUCCUCAGCCAGGACGAGAAUUAUCAGCUGUGUGGAGCUUCCUUCAUUCAGCACACCACCUAUACUGACGACAAAGCCAAGCAAGAGGUGCUGAAGAUGAAGGGAAUCAAUCCAUUGGUGUCGCUGAUGAACAGCCCCAACCCUCAGAUCCAGAUGACGGCAGCGUCCGCCCUGCGCAACCUGGUGUUCAAAGACCCGGCCAAUAAGGAGGAGGUUCAGCGCUGCGGAGGAAUCGGCCAGGCCGUGCAGCUGCUGAAAAACACAGAAUCACCCGAGACUCAGAAACACGUUACAGGUCUCCUGUGGAACCUGUCCUCAGCGGACAACCUGAAACCGGAGCUUCUCCGCAGCGCUCUGCCCGUUCUCACCGACACCGUGCUGGAGCCGUUUGCCGCCGCAGACCACAGUGCCAGCGCCGAUCAGGAGGAGACCUUCUAUAAUGCCACAGGGUGCUUACGAAAUCUGAGCUCAGGUAAACUGGGCAGCAGGCAGGCCAUGCGCAACUGCAAGGGCCUGGUGGACUCGCUGGUGAGCUACGUCCAGAACAGCGUGGACUCAGGCAACCCUGAUGAUAAGUCUGUGGAGAACUGUGUGUGUAUUCUGCACAACCUCACCUACCAGCUGGAGAGUGAGUCACCCGCCAUCUUCAGCAAGAUGAACGCCCUGGCCGGUUACACCAACCGCCGCGCCAACACCACAGACACCGGCCCUAUCGGCUGCUUCAGCAGCCAGAGCCGCAAGAUCCAGCAGGAGAACCACUUUGAUUAUCCAGUGAUGGAGGACAACAAUCCUAAAGGUCAGAGCUGGCUGAUCCACUCGCAGGCCCUGCAGUCGUACCUGUCUCUGCUCGGAUCAUCCCAGAGAGAGGCCACUCAGGAAGCCUGCUGUGGAGCUCUGCACAACCUCACUGCCAACAAGGGCAUCGUGUCGGAUGUGUUGAGUCAGACGAUCGUUCAGAAGCUGAACGGUCUCCAGUACAUCUCCCCCCUGCUUCAGUCCUCCAACCCCGAGCUGAAGAACAGCGUCACAUCACUGCUAGGAAACCUCUCCAGGACCCCUCGCCUGCAGAGCAUGAUGGCUCGUCAGGCUCUUCCACAGCUGGUUCGAACCCUGAACUCACAGGGGGCUGACCUUUCACCCGAAUCCGACAGCUCCAUAGCAACCGCCUGCCACACUGUAAACAAGCUCCUGAGGGCGGAGCCGGAGAUGUCCAAGCAGUUGCUAAGCAACACCCUGAUCAACUCGUUGAAUGACAUUAGUCAAAACAUAGCCUUGCCCAAAGCCAGCAAAGCAUCUGGAGUUCUCCUCCACAGUCUCUGGUCCGAUAAGAACAUCCAGAGCUUCCUCAAAAAGCAAGGAAUGAAUAAGAAAUCAUUUGUGAAUGACAUCACUUCAGCUGCAAUCAAGUCUGUUCAGGUUAUUGAAUGAAAAUAUCACCUGAGGCAAGUGUUUUCCACAAAUUCUUGCUGUAUAGAACUUUGCAGAAUAUAUAACAGAACAUUUACGCUGUUUUAACUGAAGCAAUGCAGUAAAAAAAGAUAUAUUCCUUUGGGCAAAGCUGCAGUACUUACGCAAAAGUCCAGGUUUGCACAGAAAUGCUAGAGUUUUCUAUGCUUUUCUGAUAUCAUGCUUGAAUUGUCUUUAAUAAAGUUAUUUUUGUAAAGCACCUUUAAUCUAAAAUAUCUUUUUGCAGAAUAUAUAACAAAGCAUUUGUGCUGUUUAAACUGUAGGGAUGCAAUAAAUGUUAUAUUCCUAUUCUUUUCGGGCAAAUUUGCAAAGUGGGCAAAUUUUGCAAAACAUCCCUUUAAAUCUAUUUUAAUAUAAAGAACAGUUUCAGGUUAAGAGAGCUUAAGCUUCGCAUGUCAAGUUUGCACAGAAAUGGUUGAGUUUUCUAUACUUUCUUAUUUCGUGUUUGAAUGUUGUGCUUCUUUGUUGCAUGAAGUCAUAUAAAGUGAAUGUUUUUUGUUGUUUUUUUUGUAAAGCAAAUUUUUCUUUAAAUAUAUCUUUUUAAAGAAUUGCAGUUUUAACAUAAAAAUAUCACAAUAAAUAUACAACUGAUUUAUUUGCCAGCAGUGGAGGGGAAUAUGAUUUAACAUGUUUUUUUUUUUUGUUUUGUUUUGCUUUUUCAUUUUGAAUGUUUUAGACUGUUGUUUUUAGGGUGAGGUAUUUUGAAACAUUUGGUUAUCAUUAAUAUUUUAAUUUGUGUUAUUAUUUCUCUUCUAUUUCUUAUUAAUCUUUGUCUUUUUGCUUUUACAUCACCUUGCUGUUUAAAGUGGGGUUUCCACUGUUUUUUUUUCUUUGUCAAACAGAAACUAAAAUAAAGUUAUCUAACAAAGCC